AUGUCAUCCCGUCCCCUCGGUGUCACUGCCAAUCCCAUCCCAUCAUGGAUCCCAUCCAAGUACCUUUCCCAUUAUCCCUCCUUAUCUAGUUGCCCCUUACAGGCUACGCGUGGCUCACCUUACUCCCCGUCUUCAGCUCCGGACGGCUCGCAUUACCUCACCAUCCUUGCUUCUAUCGUCGAAAUUGGCAAAAGGUUGCUGAUACGAGUCACGGCCCUGGACUUUUGGGAAGAGCUGCGUCACCCCGAUUCCGCAAGAAAGCCCCAAAGUCAGGUAGAAAGCAGAGGAGGGAUCCAAGACGUGCUUGAUUGGUGUCAUGGAGCAACUGCAAGCCACUCAAGUCAGGCCGCUCACGUUUUCCUACUUGGUGUGACUGUCACUGAAUCCCCGCCGUCUUCCAAAUUCGCCUCCCUCACUCCGAUUAAGUUGUCUCAACCUGAGACUUUGUGCUGGCCCAUUGCUGGGCCCAGUGCGCACUUUGGUAACGUGAAGACUGUCUUGAGCCUGCGGGCAGGUCUACAGGGCACAUUAGGGUCACAGGUACCUAAGCACCGAAAUCCCCCGGCCCUGAGGGGCAGGCAACGACCGCUUUCCCGCACUGUAGGGGAGGUAGGUCAUUCUACCUUACGCCUCAUGAACCCCGCCAAGGCAGGCGUGGAAUCAGGCGCCUUACGGACCGGGGCCACUCCCGUUGGCAGCCUUUCCUGCCCGCCAUUCGCAUACAUCACCAACCUAACCACAGAAAUCCGGCCUGCAAACGAGACACGACAAAGGCCAAAAGGUACGCUUCUCACGCCUUCUCCGCAAGCCGUCCAUACUACCGAACCGCUGCUUCUUCUUCGACAUUUAAUAUAUCAUCCUGACUUUGACCGGUAUCGCUCAGUUGUGCAGAACUCAAACUUACCGCCUCAACCGUAG